AUGCAGUUUAUUAUAAAUAACUGGAAGUCGCGUGUCGGCGGACCUGUGGAUGCCAGUGCUUUUUUGAAAUCGUUACGUUCCUCCCGGUCACCUGCGAAGGAGAAGGAAAUGCUAAUCGAUGUAUUCGACGACUGGGAUGUUUUAACCAACACUUGGUUUGAGGUUGCAGACUGUGCAAGCUUUAUUGAGGAACUUUCAGAAGACAAGACGUUCCCAGCACGACAGAAAGCCGCACUUUUGGCGUCAAAAGUUGCUUUCUGUCUAGAGGAUUAUGAAAAUGCGUUGAACUUCGCUCUUGCUGCAGAAACUCAUUUCAAGCUCACUCCUAGACCAAAGUCAAAAACAGUGGGAGAGAAAGAUGAUGAGUAUGUAAACAAAAUUAUCGAGGUCGCAAUUGAUUCUUACAAGAAAAUUAAAGCCAGUGGGGAGAAGGCAGAUGCUCGUUUGGAAGGUCUAAUUAACAGAAUAUUCCAGCGCAAUUUGGAAAAGAACGAGCUCCUUUAUGUAAUAGGUCUUGCACUGGAUACUCGUCGUAUCGAUAUGGUUGAGAAAGCAGUUAUGAAAAGCACUGAAUCACACGUUUUACUUCUUGAGACGAUUCAAAAAGUCACUACGGCUAAGAUGGAUGUACAACUGCGUACACAACUUCUUGAUGUACUUGUAAGACUUUUCACCAGCAAUAAACAUGCAGAUUUUGUGGCUAUCUGUCAGACCGGUGAUCUUAUUGCCUAUCAAAUUGCUUUCGAUCUUUAUGAGAACGCCUCGCAGCAGUUUAACACUCAAUCGGCUGCGAUGUCUCGGCUUAAAGCUAUUCUGCGCGGUGAAGAGACGGUGAAGCACCAUAUGCAGUUCCUAAUUAAAAACAAUCAUACGGAUAUGUUGAUUUUAAAGGAGAUGAAAGACUGUGUUAGGACAGCUACUGCCCACAAUGCCACGUUGAUGGCAAACGGGCUCAUGCAUUUAGGAACCACUUGUGAUGAUUUCUUGAGAGACAAUCUUGAUUGGAUCAGUAAAGCCACUAACUGGAACAAGUUUAAUGCCGUAGCUACCUUAGGUCUCAUACACAAGGGUCACGAGUCCGCGGCAAUGAAGCUACUUGAUCCAUAUCUUCCUAAGAGCGAGCCUGAUCAAUACGGCUUUAAAGAAGGCGGUUCAUUGUUUGCUCUAGGGCUAAUUCAUGCCAAUCACGGAACUGCAGACUGUAUCAAGUACUUGCGUGAACAGCUUUCAGCCGCUCAGACCUCAGCAGUUCGUCAUGGUGCAUGCCUUGGACUUGGACUUGCUGCAAUGGGUACACAGAACCAGGAUGUGUAUUUACAACUUCGCGAUGCGCUUUAUCUGGAUGACGCUGUAACGGGGGAAGCGGCAGGGCUGGCUAUGGGCCUUGUGAUGGUUGGCAGUCUUAAUUCUGCUGCAUUUCAAGACAUGGUGCAAUACACAUGUGACACCCAGCACGAUAAAAUCCAGCGUGGACUUCGUACUGGUAUUUCGUUAUUGGGUUACGGACGUCAAGAUGAAUCCGAGUCUUAUAUAUCUCAGCUGAUCGAUGUUAAAAGCAAUGCAAUGCUUCGUUCAACAGGGAUCGCGUUAAUGUCCAUGGCAUAUGUUGGUAGUGGACGUGCCAAUGUUGUUUCAAGACUUCUUGAGAAGGUAGCUACCGAUCCAAAUAACGAUGUCAAGAGGUUUGCCGUCAUGGGUAUUGGUUUCUUACUCAGCAACAGCCCUUCCAUCUGCAAAGAUUACGUUGGGAUGCUCGUGGAGCACUUUAAUAGUCACAUACGGUAUGGAGCAGCUAUGGCACUCGGUAUCGCAUGUGCAGGAACUGGCUAUAAGGAAGCGAUUUCGCUGCUUGAACCACUACUCUCAGCAAAGGAAAACUACGUACGACAAGGAGCAGUUAUAGCACUGUCAUUUAUCUACGUGCAACAGACUGAUGUCGGUUGUCUAAAGGUUGGAGAGUUUCGUAAACAACUUGCGAAGAUGACUACAGAGAAAGGUGAAGAUUCCAUGGCGAAAUUCGGAGCUAUUAUUGCACAGGGAAUUCUUGAUGUCGGGGGACGUAAUAUGACCAUCUCACUUCAUAAUCGUUCUGGUACAAUAGACAUGGGCGGUGUUGUUGGCAUGAUGACAUUUCUGCAGUUUUGGUAUUGGCAUUCCAUGGUGCCACUUAUUUCACUAGCAUGUAAACCGACAUGUUUGAUCGCUCUCACAAAGGAUCUUCAGAUGCCGAAGGUCGAGUUCAAAUGUAACGCCAGGGCUUCAUUAUUUGCCUAUCCUCCACCUUUGGAGUCAAAGAAGAAGGAGGAACAUGAGAAGGUUGAGACCGCUGUUCUUUCCAUUACGCAUAAGAAGAAAAUGGCCAAAAAAGGUGAGGAGAAGAUGGAAGUGGAUGAGGAACCGAAACCUGCUAAAGAGGAAGAGAAAAUGUAUUCCAGAAAGCCGAUACCUGAUAACGAAGCUGCUACUCAUAUGAUUGAGAAUCCAGCGAGAGUAGUCCGCCUUCAGCUGAAGACGCUUUCAGUAGUGGAGAACUCAAGGUACAAACCAGUGAAACCGAUCACCUACGGCGGGAUUAUAAUGUUACUAGAUAGGACUCCAGACGAGAAAGCAGAAUUGGUUGUCCAGGUCUGUUAUUACGAAUCAAUAAAUGAUUUUCUAUAA